AUGGAGCUCGGGGGCCCCUGGGCGCCGCCGCCGCCGCUGCCGCUGUUGCUGCUGCUGGGGGCCGGCCUCCUGCCCGUGAGCGGCCACGUGGAGACGCGGGUCCAUGCAGAGGAACGGCUGCUGAAGAAGCUCUUCUCUGGCUACAACAAGUGGUCCCGGCCCGUGGCCAACAUCUCGGAUGUGGUCCUUGUCCACUUUGGCCUGUCCAUCGCACAGCUCAUUGACGUGGACGAGAAGAACCAGAUGAUGACGACGAAUGUGUGGGUGAAGCAGGAGUGGCGGGACUAUAAGCUGUGCUGGGACCCCAGGGACUACGAGAACGUGACUUCCAUCCGCAUCCCCUCCGAGCUCAUCUGGCGGCCAGACAUCGUGCUCUACAACAACGCGGACGGGGACUUCGCUGUCACCCACCUGACGAAGGCCCACCUGUUCCACGACGGGCGGGUGCAGUGGAGGCCGCCCGCCAUCUACAAGAGCUCCUGCAGCAUCGACGUCACCUCCUUCCCCUUUGACCAGCAGAACUGCACCAUGAAGUUCGGGUCCUGGACCUACGACAAGGCCAAGGUCGACCUGGUGAGCAUGCACAGCCACGUGGACCGGCUGGGCUUCUGGGAGAGCGGCGAGUGGGUCAUCAUGGACGCCGUGGGCACCUACAACACCAGGAAGUACGAGUGCUGCGCCGAGGUGUACCCCGACAUCACCUACGCCUUCGUCAUCCGGCGCCUGCCGCUCUUCUACACGGUCAACCUCCUCAUCCCCUGCCUGCUCCUCUCCUGCCUCACGGUGCUGGUCUUCUACCUGCCCUCCCAGUGCGGCGAGAAGGUCACGCUGUGCAUCUCCGUGCUGCUGUCGCUCACCGUCUUCCUGCUGCUCAUCACCGAGAUCAUCCCCUCCACCUCCCUGGUCAUCCCGCUCAUCGGCGAGUACCUGCUCUUCACCAUGAUCUUCGUCACGCUCUCCAUCAUCGUCACCGUCUUCGUGCUCAACGUGCACCACCGCUCGCCGCGCACCCACCGCAUGCCCGCCUGGGUGCGCCGCGUCUUCCUGGACGUCGUGCCGCGGCUGAUCUUCAUGGAACGGCCGCCCGCGGUCAAGGGCAACUGCCGGCGGCUCAUCGAGUCCGUGCACAGGAUGGCCAGUGCCCCUCGCUUCUGGCCGGGGCCCGAGGAGGAGCCCAACUUCAUGAGCAAAGUCCAGAGCCGGGGCCCCUCGCCCACCCCGUCCUUCUGUGCUCCCCUGGAUGCGCCAGGCAAGCCCCAGCCGGCCUGCACGUCGCCCUCAGACCAGGUGCCCACUCUGCAGCCAGCGGAGACCGAGAAAGCCAGCCCCUGCCGCCCAACCACCAGCACCCGGGACCCGGGGCUCGCCAAAGCCCGGUCUCUGAGCACCCAGCCCAUGUCCAGCCCCAACAAAGCACCGGAGGGCGGCAUCCGGUGCCGGUCUCGAAGCAUCCAGUACUGCGUUCCUCAAGACGAGGCCGCCUCCCAGGCCAGCGGCCCCGUGGCCAGCUCCCCUCCCUCCUGGGCUGAGCUCCCACCCACAGACCAGGCCUCUCCCUGCAAAUGUAAGUGCAAGGAGCCGUCCACGGGGUCCUCAAACACAGCGUUCAGAGCCCUCAGCCCCAAAGCACCGCCCCACCGCCUGCCCCUGCCGCCCGCCCUGACACGGGCUGCUGAGGGUGUCCAGCACAUCGCAGACCACCUGAAGGCGGAAGACACCGACUUCUCGGUGAAGGAGGACUGGAAGUACGUGGCCAUGGUCAUCGACCGCAUCUUCCUCUGGGUGUUCGUCAUCGUCUGCCUGCUGGGGACCGCCGGCCUCUUCCUGCCGCCCUGGCUGGCCGGCAUGAUCUAG